UUGUUAUAUUUCCUCUAUAUAAUAAUAGAAUCUGCUGCUAUUUUCCAGCUACUAAAGUGAUGUCUUUUUAUUUGUGCAGUUGCCAUUUACUGGAGAAAUGGAGGAGUUGCGUGAAAAAGCUCUUAAUUCAGAACCAGAGUAUCCAACCCACCUGGAUAACAGAACCGCUGCAAUAAUAAGAGAACUCCUACAGAAAUACUCCGGAUUCCGUCUGGGAUCAAAUAGAAAUGAUGGGGAAGAAGUGCAGAAAUUCCAUUACUUUGAGCCAAUAGACUGGAAAGCGCUGAAGGACAGGCAGUUGCAAGCGCCAUUCAUACCCAUGCAAGAUGUCCAGUCUACAGAAGAGGAGCAAAGGGAUGAUGGUGUCGUAACACCCACAGAUAGUAUGCAGCCGCUUCCCUCAGACGUGCACAAGGCAUUCACAAAAUUUGAAGAGAUGCCAGAAGUCUUAUAAAAUAGUAACAGUGCACAGGACAAUACCAACUGUCAGGAGUAAUACCCUCAGCUUGUGGGACUGGAGAAGAUUUCAAACUCCUAAAAAUUCAGCCUCAACCUAUU